AUGUUCGUCAGUUACCAGGACAAUGGCCAGGUCGUGAUAUCGGCUGGGAAGCUGAGAGCCAUCAAGCUCAUACUCACGAUUGGGAUUUUCGUCUCUAUUUCAUUCGCAGCUGUGUCCUCGAGACUGUUCUCGGUCAUACGGUUUGAAAGUAUCAUCCACGAGUUCGACCCUUGGUUCAAUUUCAGGGCUACCAAGUAUUUGGUAAAUAACAGCUACUAUGAUUUUUUGAAUUGGUUUGAUGACAAGACCUGGUAUCCCCUUGGAAGAGUCACCGGUGGUACGUUAUACCCGGGUCUCAUGGUGACCAGCUCCGUUAUACACGGAAUGUUGAAAGCAUGUGGAUUGCCAAUUGACAUAAGAAAUAUUUGUGUCUUGUUGGCACCCGCUUUCAGUUCGCUGACGGCUCUUGCGAUGUUCUUGUUGACUAUGGAAGUCACGAACUCCAGCGAGGCCAUUGUCUCCCGGAAGACAAAACUUUCAUCUGCCUUUUUAAGUGCCAUAUUCAUGGGCAUCACUCCAGGUUAUAUUUCCAGAUCUGUUGCGGGAUCAUAUGAUAAUGAGGCAAUUGCUAUUACGAUUCUCAUGGUAACCUUCUAUCUGUGGGUCAAAUCCGUCAAGUUAGGCUCUGUGUUCUACAGUGCCCUGACUUCAGUCUUUUAUUUUUACAUGGUGAGUGCUUGGGGUGGAUACGUUUUUAUCACAAACCUGAUCCCUCUACACGUGUUUGUGUUGCUUUUGAUGGGAAGAUUUGACUACAAGAUCUACACUAGUUAUACCACAUGGUACAUUCUGGGAACACUUAUGAGUAUGCAGAUUCCCUUCGUGGGGUUCUUGCCUAUUCGCUCCAACGACCACAUGAGUAGUCUUGGGGUUUUCGGUCUGCUGCAGUUGGUAUUGCUAGCAAACUACUUCAAAUACACUCUUUCUCCAGAGAAAUACUCAAGACUGAUGAUUCUGUUCGGAGUCCUGGUGACUGCAUUGGGUGUAGCAGCUUUGUUUACCGCGACUAAGUUGGGCCUGAUUGCUCCCUGGACAGGGAGAUUCUACUCCUUGUGGGAUACCAGCUAUGCUAAGAUCCACAUUCCAAUCAUUGCAUCCGUUUCAGAACAUCAGCCCACACCAUGGUCCGCUUUCUUCUUCGAUUUGAACUUCCUUAUAUGGCUAUUUCCAGUGGGUGUUUGGUUCUGUUUUCAGGAACUUACCAAUGAGGCCAUCUUCAUUAUCAUCUACUCCGUCUUGGCGAGUUACUUUGCUGGUGUUAUGGUCAGAUUGAUGCUCACAUUGGCUCCUGUGGUGUGUGUUUGUGGUGCCAUCACUGUCGGAAAGCUCUUUGACAACUACCUCACUUUUAAGGAGUUUUUGUCCGAACAAGCCGACGAAAGUGAAAAACCAAGUGAAUCCAAGGCUAAAAGCACGAAGACGAACUGGGUCAAUUUUAUUUCAAAAGCGCUGGUCUCUGUCUCUUUCAUCUUCUACCUGUUCUUUUAUGUUUACCAUUGUACCUGGGUGACCUCUAAUGCAUACUCUUCGCCUUCCGUGGUUUUGGCGUCUAGGAAUCCAGAUGGAUCUCAACUGCUCAUCGAUGACUAUAGAGAAGCAUAUUAUUGGCUUCGCAUGAACACUGCCGAGGAUGCUAAGGUUAUGUCAUGGUGGGAUUAUGGUUAUCAGAUUGGAGGAAUGGCCGACCGCACUACGUUUGUUGACAACAACACAUGGAACAAUACCCAUAUUGCUACGGUGGGUAAAGCCAUGUCUGUUGACGAGAGAAAGGCAGAAGUGAUCAUGCGCAGGCUCGGUGUUGAUUACAUUCUUGUGAUUUUCGGUGGUCUCAUUGGCUAUUCAGGUGAUGAUAUUAACAAGUUUUUGUGGAUGGUGAGGAUCUCGGAAGGAAUCUGGCCUGAAGAGGUGAACGAGAGAACCUAUUUCACAGACAGAGGUGAAUAUCGUGUGGAUGACGGGGCUACAGAUGCAAUGAAGAAUUCGCUGAUGUACAAGCUCUCUUUCUACAGGUUUGGAGAUGUGUUUGGCACAAACGAUGCUAUGGACAGGGUAAGAAACCAAAGAUUGAGUUCAAGCUAUGCUCGCAGCAUUCACUUAGAUACCGUCGAAGAGGUGUUCACAAGUGAGAACUGGAUAGUCAGAUUAUAUAAACUGAAGCCUGAGGAUAACUUGGGCAGAGAUCUGAUUACCGUUGGGGAGAACGAGAGAAAAGCGGCUGGGAAGAAGAGCAAGAGACUCUCCAGCAAAAAACCAAACCUUGAUGUGAGGGUAUAG